AUGGUACCUUUGGGUAGUUUAUUGAUAACUGAUAAGAAAGCACUGCGCACAAAAGUCAUGGGUGAAGCUGUACAUACAUCGCCCACAAUUGGAAGCAACGUUGAAGAAGUAACAUGGCGAAAUAUACAUUUUAUAAUUUGGGAUAUUGGUGGACAGGAAAGUUUGCGUAGUUCUUGGUCGUCUUAUUAUGUUCAUACACAUUUUGUUAUUGUUGUUAUCGACAGCUGUGAUAUUAAUCGACUCGAUGUUAUAAAACAGCAAUUGUUUAUGAUGCUUGCUCAUGAAGACCUUGCGAAAGCAGCGAUAUUAAUCCUGGCAAAUAAGCAAGACAUGAAAGGGGCUCUAUCGGCAGCACAAAUUUCUUCUGAAAUGAAUUUAAGUUCGAUAAAAAGUCAUCGGUGGCAAAUUCAAGCUUGUUGUGCGCUAACUGGUGAAGGUAUUGAUAAAGGUUUUGAAUGGAUUGCAUCAAAUAUUCCCUAA